AUGGAAAGCAAGUUUGAUGACACCCACGAUGUCAAAGAUGUGCCCGAUGCGCCUAUCUCUCAAGGCCAAAUCCAAACAGUUAAUGGUCUACAUAGGCGACUCGAAAAUAGGCACAUUCAACUCAUAGCCAUUGGCGGGUCGAUUGGCACAGGGUUGUUUAUCACCAUAGGAAAUGGACUCGCUGCUGGUGGACCCGCCAGUUUAUUCAUCUCCUAUGUUGCGUACUGCCUUGUGCUCGGCUGCGUGAAUAAUUGCAUAGCUGAAAUGAUUGUUCUUCAUCCUAUGCCCGGAGGGUUCAUUCGCCUGGCUGGAAAAUGGGUCGACGACGCACUCGGCUUUAUGGUUGGGUGGAACUUUUUCAUCUAUGAAGCGCUCAUGAUCCCCUUCGAAAUAACCGCUAUCAAUCUCAUCCUGAGCUAUUGGAGAGACGAUAUUCCCGUCGCUGCAGUUUGUAUAGCUUGCAUCGUCCUUUAUGGGCUUCUCAACCUUCUUGCCGUAUCUGCGUAUGGGGAAGCCGAGUUCUGGCUUUCAUCGGGGAAGGUCCUCCUGAUCUUUGUCACGUUCUUUUUCACAUUUGUUACCAUGGUCGGUGGUAACCCACAACACGAUGCAUACGGAUUCCGGUACUGGAAUAAUCCAGGUCCUUUCGCAGAAGAUCGGGCUUCUGGUAGCCUCGGUCGGUUUGAAGGCUUUCUGGCUACUGUAUGGUCUGCGGCUUUCAUAAUCGUCGGGCCUGAGUAUAUAUCCAUGGCGGCUGCAGAAGCCAAGCGUCCUAGCAUUUAUAUCAAGGCUGCAUUCAAAACUAUUUACUGGCGUUUUGCACUCUUCUUCAUGCUCAGCGCUCUCUGCAUCGGGAUCGUUGUGCCUUGGAACGACCCCACUCUUCAAGCGAUUCUGGCUGGGAAAAGCAGCAAGAAAGGAGGCGGUGCUUCUCCUUACCUUAUCGCUAUGUCUAACAUGCAGAUCGAUGUUCUUCCUCACAUUGUCAAUGCUCUUCUUGUGACUUCAGUCUUCUCUGCGGGCAAUGCUUUGACAUACUGCGCCACACGCUCUCUCUAUGGUCUAGCACUAGAUGGACGCGCCCCCAAAAUCCUGACCAAGACGGCAAGGGGCAUUCCUAUCUAUGCUUUUGCCGUUGUCAUGUGUUUCCCCUUCCUUUCGCUCCUGCAGGUGUCAAAUAGCUCCUCGCUGGUCCUAACAUGGCUUAUCGACCUAACCACUGCCGGCGCCCUUAUCGACUAUCUUGUGAUGUGCAUCACUUACAUCAGAUUUCAUAAAGCCUGCAAGAGCCAGGGCGUUGAUCGAGCGACCUUUCCGUAUUGCGGAUAUUUUCAACCUUAUUGUGCAUGGAUUGGCCUCGUUGCCAUGGUCAUCAUCUUACUAUUCUAUGGGUACUCAGCCUUCGACCCUUGGAGUGUCACGGGCUUUUUUCAAAAUUAUACCAUGCAAAUUGUCGCCCCUAUCCUGUACUUAGGGUGGAAAUUGACGCACCGGACCAAAAUCGUGAAACCUGAAGAGCUCAACCUAGUUUGGGAUCGCCCACUUAUUGAUGCUUACGAGGCCUGUUUGGUGGACAGCUCUGUGGGUUUCUGGACUGAUAUCGCUCGGUUACUCCGUCGGAGACAACAAAAGGCAACGAAAGACGUGAGCGAGUAA